GACGAGAAGAAUCAAGUGCUCAUCACGAAUGUCUGGCUAGACCACGAAUGGGUGGACGAGUUCAUGGUGUGGGAUCCCCAGCGGUUCAACAACAUCACAAAGCUGCGUAUACCUUGCCACAAGCUCUGGCUGCCCGACAUGGUCCUGUACAACAACGCUGCUGAAUACACGGACGGUCUCAUGCCAGCCAAUGCUAUGGUAGAGCCCAACGGUAAAGUGUUUUGGCCCGUUCCUACAAAACUGCAGAGUUCCUGCAAGGUUGACGUGACCUAUUUCCCGUUCGACAGCCAAGAGUGUUCCCUCAAGUUUGGCUCGUGGACAUACGAUGGCUACCAGGUGGACAUAACAAACAGGACUUCUGAGGUUGAUCUCAGCAACUACAUCGUGAACGGGGAGUGGGAGCUUAUACGUGUCCGAUUUAUAAGAAACGUUGUGAGAUACUCUUGCUGUCCCGAGCCAUUUCCUGACGUCACCUUCUAUAUCAAGAUCCGGCGUCGGACGCUGUACUACAUGUACAACGUGGUGUUUCCCUGUGUCAUGAUGUCGGCGCUGACUCUCCUGGUGUUCUGCCUCCCGCCGGACUCCGGGGAGAAGAUCGCCCUGGGCAUCACGGUACUGCUGGCCUUCUCUGUCUUCAUGCUGGCCGUGGCGGAGAACUUGCCGGAGACGUCCGAGUUUGUGCCCUUAAUCAGUAUCUACCUGACCAUCGUGAUGUCCUUGACCUCUGUUUCUGUCAUCAUGACUGUAUUUGUAUUGAACCUCCACCACCGUGGACCUCAGAAACAGUCGGUGCCAGACUGGCUUCGUCGCCUCUUCCUCGGUGCCCGCUCAGGUCGUCGCAGACCCUCCUGUUUCCGGAACUCAGACCGCAUGGGCCGGUUACACUACACAGGGGUACCCGGGGUGGAUACCAACUGUGUCGUCAGAGACGUGUCUCUUAAGCUCACCCUUGAGAAUUUAGCUCAGGACCUGAGGGAUGAGCUUCGUUUGGAUAACGGGGGUGUGCCAGAAGUGGAUACGUUGCCGUCUACAGUUGCCUCGCAGUCUCCUCGAUCGACGGCUACAACUGAACAGUGUGUGGACAGUGCAACGUCAUCGCCUGGACAGUUUAAGACAGCUACAACAACGGUGACGACGACGGGCGUGGAUAGUUGUGCGGAUACACCGAAUUCCACUCCGACGUUUGGGAAUAGUGUGGGCAGAAAAGAUCGGCUCUUGACCCCUCUUAUAGGAAGUGGAGGCGGGUCAGGAGGAAGUGUGGGAGGUGGAGGAGGAGGGGGUGGAAGGGGGUCGAAAAGUGGACACACAGGUGGACGCAGUGGAGUCGGUGUUGAAAAUACUGGCGGUGUAGGAGGAGGAUCGGGAGAUGGGGUGACGUCAAGUAGCAGACCGCGGGCGGCGAGGAAACGUCAUCCGAAAUCACGCUCGUCUGCGCCUUACGAGGACGCUCUCAUGUCCCUAACCAAACUGCUGGAGAGACACGACAAGGACGAGAAAGAGUAUGACGUCAUCCAGGACUGGCGUCGAUUGGCGCAGACGGUGGACAGGAUUCUGUUCGUGUUCUUCCUGGUGGCCACCAUCACUUCCACGCUGGCGGUGCUUGUUGUUAUGCCCGCUACACAAGACUCGUGA